ACGCGCCUGCACAGAACACUUCCGGAGCUGCGGGGACGGCUCCGCCGGAAUAGGUAGCGCGGGCCCGACCCGCGUCCGCCCGCCGCCUCCGCUGCCGCCGCGCUCCAGUCAGACUCCUUUGGUCCGGCUUGACCUGGUCUGGCGGGCCUGGGCUCUGCGGCCGCGGGGCCGCGGCUCCCGAUGGAAAUCAUAUGAAACACUGUUUGAGUGAUACCUUCAGGAAAGAUCUUAAAAAAAUUGCAGAAGACAAAAACACUAAUGCAUUUGAGAAAGCGAUAAAGUUGGGGGGAGGGGAAAAAGCAACUGGUUUCCUGAUCUGCAAUUUGGCUGGAUGUUAAGAUGUCCGUGGACAUGAACAGCCAGGGGUCUGACAGCAAUGAAGAGGACUAUGACCCAAACUGUGAGGAAGAGGAAGAAGAGGAAGAGGACCCUGGGGACAUAGAGGACUACUAUGUGGGAGUAGCCAGUGAUGUGGAGCAGCAGGGGGCUGAUGCUUUUGAUCCCGAAGAGUACCAGUUCACUUGCUUGACCUAUAAGGAGUCUGAGGGUGCCCUUCAUGAGCAUAUGACCAGCUUAGCCUCUGUCUUAAAGGUGUCUCAUUCAGUUGCAAAACUUAUAUUAGUUAAUUUCCACUGGCAAGUCUCAGAGAUUCUGGACAGGUACAGGUCUAAUUCUGCUCAGUUGCUUGUUGAUUCUCGAGUUCAGCCUAAUCCAUCAAAACAUGUCCCCACAGCCCAUCCCCCUCACCACUGUGCAGUGUGUAUGCAGUUUGUGCGGAAGGAAAACCUGCUCUCUCUGGCCUGCCAACAUCAGUUUUGCCGAAGCUGCUGGGAGCAGCAUUGCUCAGUACUUGUCAAGGACGGUGUUGGUGUAGGAGUCUCAUGUAUGGCUCAGGAUUGUCCACUCCGAACACCAGAGGACUUUGUAUUUCCCUUGCUUCCCAAUGAAGAAUUAAGAGAUAAAUACAGGCGCUACCUCUUUAGGGACUAUGUGGAGAGUCAUUACCAGCUCCAGCUGUGCCCUGGUGCAGACUGCCCCAUGGUUAUUCGGGUACAGGAGCCCAGAGCUCGCCGAGUGCAGUGCAAUCGAUGCAACGAGGUCUUCUGUUUCAAGUGUCGACAGAUGUAUCACGCCCCCACAGACUGCGCCACAAUCCGGAAAUGGCUCACCAAGUGUGCAGAUGACUCUGAAACCGCUAACUACAUUAGUGCUCACACUAAAGACUGUCCCAAGUGCAACAUCUGUAUUGAGAAGAACGGAGGCUGCAAUCAUAUGCAAUGCUCCAAGUGUAAGCACGACUUCUGCUGGAUGUGUCUAGGAGAUUGGAAGACACAUGGCAGUGAGUACUAUGAGUGUAGUCGGUACAAGGAGAACCCCGACAUUGUCAACCAGAGCCAGCAAGCCCAGGCCAGGGAGGCCCUCAAGAAGUACUUGUUCUACUUUGAGAGGUGGGAAAAUCACAACAAAAGUUUGCAGCUAGAGGCACACACAUACCAUCAGAUUCAUGAGAAGAUUCAAGAGAGGGUUAUGAACAAUCUGGGAACGUGGAUUGACUGGCAGUACCUGCAGAAUGCUGCUAAGCUGUUGGCCAAGUGUCGAUACACCCUGCAAUACACCUAUCCAUAUGCGUACUACAUGGAGUCUGGUCCCAGGAAGAAGCUGUUUGAAUACCAGCAGGCUCAGCUGGAGGCUGAGAUUGAAAACCUUUCGUGGAAAGUUGAGCGUGCAGACAGCUAUGACAGAGGGGACUUGGAAAACCAAAUGCACAUAGCAGAGCAACGGAGAAGAACCCUGCUGAAGGAUUUUCACGACACCUAAGCAAGGCUGCGGAUGUGCCGGGGUAGGAAGAUGUAGCUGUGAGGCCUCCCAGCUACCGUACUGCAUGCUGCAGGCUCUGCCUUUCACGACCCCAGGCAACAGCCAGGGCCCCACUCCUGAGAGACACUGGCAACACACCUCUUAGUCAAUUUGUUUUCUCCUCAUCUUUUUGCUUUUUGUUUCUACCAGGGUAGAGGCCUUGGUGAACUGGUCUCUAGUAAGGACUCUUAAAUUCUCCCUGGAUGGUUGUUGGGAGGGAGGGAACUUUUUUUUUUCUGAAUGGCUAUUAAUAGUAUUAGAUCAUUACAACUUAUGUAAUUUUCAAAGGCUGUACGAUUACAAAGAAAAAAGGCAAACCAUAGGAUAACACAGAGCCCUUUUGAAAAUAAAUUGGCAUUGGAGUGUUUA